AUGCGUCUCCUAACGAGAUCGUUCGUUCUAGCCCUGCCAGUGGCUUCUGCCCAGGGGCUCUACUCGACCUACUCCUUCAAUCCUCUCGAGCAUCUCGGCGGCGUCGCGCCCUACUUCGAGCCCAACGAUCCACCGACCGACCCGUCGCCUCCGCAAGGAUGCACUCCUGAGCGCGCCGCCUACCUCGUGCGUCACGCGGCGAUCUAUGCGAACGACUUCGACUACGAGGAGUACAUGGAACCGUUCAUAAGCAAGUGGCAAAAUCACACGAGCAUAGAUUGGUCGAAGAUACCGGCCCUCAGCUUCCUCGACUCAUGGACACCGCCGCUGUCCGAGGCUGAGCAGGAGCUGCUUACUCGAGUGGGCAAGCUGGAGGCAACGCAAUUGGGUGUAAGCCUGAGCUUCAAAUACCCGGGCUUCAAGCUGCCCAAGAAGGUGUGGACGAGCUCCGCAGAGAGGACAUUCGAGAGCGCGAAGGCUCUGGUCCGAGGCUUUGAGAUGGACGACGACACGAUCAGUGUGGUGUCGAUCUACGAGUCGGAAGAGGGCGGCGCCGAUACGCUCACGCCGUACGACAGCUGCCCGAAAUAUUCGUCGUCUGCCGGCAGUGAUCAAGCGGCUGUCUAUCUGGAGAAAUUCACAAAGCCGAUCAUUGCUCGCCUUACUGAUGCUGCGCCCGACUUCAACUUCACAGCCCAGGAUAUCUACGGCAUGAUGGAGCUUUGUGGGUACGAGUCGGUCAUCCGGGGCAAGUCGCCUUUCUGCGAUCUCGACUUGUUCACCCCGGACGACUGGCUGGGAUGGGAGUAUACGGCUGAUGUAAUGUACCACUACAAUGUUGGCUACGGAAACGAAGUCACUGGUGUCAUUGGACUGCCGUGGCUCAAUGCCACUGCCGGUCUCCUAAUGGCAGACAUGGGAAGUGAGCAUGUCCAGGAUCUGUAUGUAAGCUUUACGCACCGAGAGCUGCCGCCAACAGUGCUCGUAGCCAUGGGUCUAUUCAACAACUCUGCUUUUGGAGGCUCAGAGGCCAGCAUCAACGCUACAAUGCCUGAGGACAGAAUCAAUCACCGCCGAGCAUGGAAGAGCUCCCACAUCAUCCCAUUCAUGACCAACAUUGCUAUCGAGAGGCUGAAUUGCACGGGAAGCUUCGGCUUUGAGGAUGGCGACUAUUACCGGGUACUAGUAAAUAACGCCCCCCAGCCAAUGCCCGACUGUGGCGAUGGCCCGGGAACAACUUGUUCGAGACAGGGUUUCGAGACCUAUCUUCAAGACAGAUCUGCUAUGUUUAGCGGCUAUUCAGAGAAGUGUGGUACAGACUACGAUAAUACGACAGACGUGUUGACCAUUUAUUCCGACCCCAAGGCUGGAAAUGGAACUACAGUGGGAAAGAGAUUACUGUGGGAAUAA